CCAAACAAAGUUUGAAAGUUUUGAAAUUUCGUGGCACACAUAUACAAAGGGGACAAUCUGAAUUUCCAAGUAGAGUAUCGUCUAGGCUUCUUUAAUUCCAAGCGAUCUCCACUCUUUUACCCAUUCCGAUUCCGUUUCAAUUAUUUUUGCAAAUCGAGGGUCUCAACCACCUUCGCGAGAUCUUGGCCGUCCGAUUUAUACCUUUUUCUCUGAAUAUGAUCGAAAUUUGGAAGCCCUACCUUGAUUUCUAUCAAAGUUCGAACCUUUGUUGCAAUUUCAACGAUUCCGAUCCGUUUCACAGAUAAUUUGCCUAAAUUUCAGAGAGGGGUCCGUUUGUUUGUUUAUUUGGGGGUUUAAGUUUUUUAGUUUGAAAUUUUCAUUUGUGGUUUCCUGUGGAAUUUGCACUUUGUUUAUCAGUGAGUUGUGCAAUUUUUCUUGUUUUCACCAAGUAUUAUUAUGUAUAUAGAGGAAGAGAAGGGAGGAGAGUUGGAGACUGGGAAGGAGGAGGAGGUGGUGGUGGUGGGUGGAGUGAUAGAGACGGCAGAGAAAUCAUCUACUGCUGGUAAGGUUUUGUGUUGUAGUGGUAGUAGUGGAAAGAAUGCUAUUUUUGUGUUGGAUGUAAGGAGGGUCAUGGUUGGAGUUGGAGCUCGGGCCUUGUUUUACCCCACACUUCUCUACAAUGUUGUUAGGAACAAGAUUCAGGUGGAGUUUCGCUGGUGGGACUGGAUUGAUGAGUUUGUGUUACUAGGUGUUGUUCCUUUCCAAUCUGAUGUGAAAAGGCUAAAGGAGCUUGGUGUGUCCGGUGUUGUCACCCUAAAUGAGCCAUAUGAGACUUUAGUUCCGACUUCUUUAUAUGAGGCUCAUGGUAUUCGUCAUUUGGUUCUCCCCACAAGAGAUUACUUAUUUGCCCCAUCUCUGAAUAAUAUAUGUCAAGCUGUAGAGUUCAUCCAUGAAAAUGCUACCAAUGGACAAAGUACAUAUGUGCACUGCAAGGCUGGCCGAGGACGUAGCACGACCAUUGUCUUAUGUUACUUGGUUAAGUACAAGAAGAUGACACCAAAUGAUGCAUAUAACCAUGUGAAGUCAAUUCGUCCAAGGGUGCUUUUGGCCUCUACCCAGCGACAGGCUGUCCAGGAUUUUUACCAUCUCAUAGUGAAAAAGUCAUAUAGUUCUAACCCUUUGACUAGUAUGAUUCCACGGAGCUCAAGGUUUUUGGCUAGAAGAAAUUUGCUAGCCUUUGAUGAUGGUGCUGUAGUUGUGAUAACCGAAACAGAUCUAGAGGGAUACGAUUCAAGCCUCGACUCUAGGGUAGCUGGAUCUGAGAUUUGGGCUGAUUUGAAUUUGAUUUACAGAGUUCGAGUUGCUGGUGGGGCAGCCUUAGCAAGACUCUCCUGUAUGUGGUUACGUUGCCACACUGACCAUAAGCUGCCUGCAGAGAGCAAGCAACUGAAAAGUUUUACUGUAGAUAUACAUGUGUUCUCUUAAGUUAAAAAGCUGUACAUAUUUCUUCUGUAUAUAGAGUUCCUACAAGGUGCUUACUGUUUCAACUUUCUUUACCAAAAAACCUUGACACACUCAAUGUAAAUACGAAAUACGAUAUACUUGUCAAGUUGCAAAUAACAACUUUAUGAGUAUAUGUUUAUAUACCUUACUACCUGUUAUAAUGUUUUCCGGUUU